UUGGCUUCCGUUAUCCCUCCCUCUGGAAAUGCGUGUGUCAGGGUGCCUCCUAGUGGAACUGCAGCGUUUCCUUGAAAGCCAUUCCGUCCAGGAGUUCAGGUGCCCGUUGCCCGCCCGGGAUACUUUCUCAGUUCAGCCAACGGCCUUUACUCUAGCCAGCGACCUGUUUGUUACCUUUGGCCGCCUGUCCAGUCACUCUCAUCUCAGUUUCCUUUUCCUUUUCGAUUCCGCCCCCUAAAAACAACAAACUGUUUCGUUUCCGAAACUAGCUGCAGGCCACGCCCCCAAACAGCAGGGGCGCAGUAGCGGAGGCUGCGGUUCCCCGACGCCACGCAGCUGCGUGCAACCGGUUCCCGCUCUGUCGCGCGACGCCCAGAGCAGUGGGCGCGCCCAGUCCCGGGACGUCGCGUUCUCUCCUCUCGCCUCCGGGCCGGGGACCCUGCAAAGCAGCGAUGGAGCGGAGGUCGCGGAGAAAGUCGCGGCACGACAGACGCUCGGUCGCGGGCCGGGCCGCCGCGUCCCAGCCCGCGAAAUCUCCGGGCGCGCAGCUCUGGCUCUUCCCCAGCACCGCGGGCCUCCGCCGCGCGCUGCUCCGGAGAGUCGAGGCGACGCGUCAGAUUUGCUGCUCGUCAGGGCGCCUGGCUUUCCUGGAGCGCGGCGGGGCGGGCGUCCAGGUUCAUCAGCUGCUCCCGGGGAGUGACGGCCUCCGGACGCCGAAGUGCAUUAAGUUAGGAAAAAACAUGAAGAUACAUUCCAUGGACCUGGGAGCAGACCACAUGCUGAUUCUCUCAUCAGACGGAAAACCAUUUGAGUACGACAACUAUAGCAUGAAACAUCUAAGGUUUGAAAGCAUUUUACAAGAAAAAAAAAUAAUCCAGAUCACAUGUGGAGAUUAUCAUUCUCUUGCACUCUCAAAAGGUGGUGAGCUUUUUGCCUGGGGACAGAACCUACAUGGGCAGCUCGGAGUUGGAAGGAAAUUUCCCUCGACCACCACACCGCAGAUUGUGGAGCACCUCGCAGGAAUACCCUUGGCUCAGAUUUCUGCCGGAGAAGCCCACAGCAUGGCCUUAUCCAUGUCUGGCAACAUUUAUUCAUGGGGAAAAAAUGAAUUUGGACAACUAGGCCUGGACCACACUGAGAGUAAAGAUUCUCCUUCCCUUAUUGAAGCACUAGACAAUCAGAAAGUUGAAUUUCUCGCCUGUGGUGGCUCUCACACUGCCCUGCUCACACAGGAUGGGCUGCUGUUUACUUUUGGUGCUGGAAAACAUGGGCAACUUGGUCACAAUUCAACACAGAAUGAGCUAAGACCCUGUUUGGUGGCUGAGCUUGCUGGGAAUAAAGUGACUCAGAUAGCAUGUGGAAGGUGGCACACACUUGCCUAUGUUUCUGAUUUGGGAAAGGUCUUUUCCUUUGGUUCUGGAAAAGAAGGACAACUGGGAAAUGGUGGAACACGUGACCAGCUGAUACCGCUUCCCAUGAAAGUAUCAUCAAAUGAAGACCUCAGAUUUGAAAGCCAUACCUCAGAAAAGGAGCUAAUAAUGAUUGCUGGAGAGAAUCAAAGCAUUUUGCUAUGGAUAAAGAAAGAGAAUUCUUACGUUAAUCUGAGGAGGACAAUUUUGACACUGAAUGAAGGGACUGUAAAGAGAUGGAUUGCUGAUGUGGAGACUAAACGGUGGCAGAGCACCAAAAGGGAAAUCCAAGAGAUAUUUUCAUCUCCUGCUUGUCUAUCUGGAAGUUUUUUGAGGAAAAGAAGAACUACAGAAAUGAUGCCUGUUUAUUUGGACUUAAGUAAAGCAAGGAACAUCUUCAAGGAGUUAACCCAAAAGGACUGGAUUACUAAUACGAUAACCACAUGCCUCAAAGAUAAUCUGCUCAAAAGACUUCCAUUUCAUUCUCCAUACCAAGAAGCUUUAGAAGUUUUCUUCCUUCUCCCAGAAUGUCCUGUGAUGCAUAAUUCUAACAACUGGGAGAGCAUUGUGGUUGCAUUUGCAAAGGCUGUUUGUAAAAUGAGUGACCAGUCUUCACUGGUUCUGGAAGAGUAUUGGGCAACUCUGCAAGAAUCCACUUUCAGCAAACUGGUCCAGAUGUUUAAAACAGCCAUCAUAUGUCAGUUGGAUUACUGGAAUGAGAAUGCUGAGGAGAAUGGUAAUGUUCAAGCUCUCCUAGAAAUGUUGAAGAAGCUGCACAGGGUAAACCAGAUGAAAUGUCUACUGCCUGAAAGUGUUUUCCAAGUAGAUGAACUCUUGUACCGUCUCGAUUUUUUUGUAGAAGUAUGCAGAAGGUACUUGUGGAAAAUGACUGUGGGUAAAAAACAUAAAGCUUAUUUUAGGUGGGCAGCAGUUGAGGAAGAAAGAGAGUCCGAAUUUGCUUUGCUGCCCACGUUUGAUCUAACAGUCAGAAGGAAUCACUUGAUUGAGGAUGUUUUGAAUCAGCUAAGUCAAUUUGAGAAUGAAGACCUGAGGAAAGAGUUAUGGGUUUCAUUUAGUGGAGAAAUUGGGUAUGACCUUGGAGGAGUCAAGACAGAGUUCUUCUACUGUCUGUUUGAAGAAAUGACCCAGCCAGAAUAUGGGUUAUUCAUGUAUCCUGAAGGAGCUUCCUGCAUGUGGUUUCCUGUCAAGCCUAAAUUUGAGAAGAAAAGGUACUUCUUCUUUGGGGUGCUGUGUGGGCUUUCCCUGUUCAAUUGCAGUGUUGCCAACCUCCCUUUCCCACUGGCACUGUUUAAGAAACUUUUGGACCAAAUGCCAUCAUUGGAAGACUUAAAAGAACUCAGUCCUGAUUUGGGAAAGAAUUUGCAAACAAUUCUGGAUGAUGAAGGUGAUAACUUUGAAGAAGUAUUUUACAUCCAUUUUAAUGUACACUGGGACAGAAAUGACACCGACUUAAUUCCUAAUGGAAGUAACAUAAUUGUCAACCAGACUAACAAGAGAGACUAUGUUUCUAAGUAUAUAGAUUACAUUUUCAACGACUCUGUAAAGGCGGUUUAUGAAGAAUUUCGGAGAGGAUUUUACAAAAUGUGUGAAGAGGACAUUAUCAAAUUAUUUCAUCCUGAAGAACUGAAGGAUGUUAUUGUUGGAAAUACAGAUUAUGAUUGGAAAACAUUUGAAAAGAAUGCACAUUAUAAACCAGAAUAUGACAGUUCACAUCCCACCAUAGUGAUGUUUUGGGAGGCGUUCCACAAAUUGACUCUGGAGGAAAAGAAAAAAUUCCUUGUAUUUCUUACAGGAACUGACAGAAUACAAAUGAAAGAUUUAAAGAAUAUGAAAAUAACAUUUUGCUGUCCUGAAAAUUGGAAUGAAAGAGACCCUUUGAGAGCACUGACAUGUUUCAGUGUACUCUUCCUCCCUAAGUAUUCUACAAUGGAAAGGGUAGAAGAAGCGCUUCAAGUAGCCAUCAACAACAACAGAGGAUUUGGCUGACCAGCGAGCUUGUCCUUAUUUUGUUGUUGUUGUUGUUGUUGUUGUUGUUAUUGUUACUCUGCUUUGUUUUGUUUUAGGCUUUUAACAGCCUGAAGCCAUGGUUUUUUGUUUCUGUCUCUAGUGAUAUAUGGGAAGGAGAGAUGAAAAAGAGGCUUUACUUGCCUAACCAGAAACAGAAACUAAGAACUCAUGACUAUAUUCUCUUCCUUGGACACCCCUGUGCCUACAUCAUGUUCCUUACCUCUUUUGGGAAAUAUUUUUCAAAAAUAAAAUAAUUCAAAAAUUAA